CUCCUGCAGCUAAAAACCAUUUCCGACGAUGAGGCUUUGCUGCCUCUCUAUCUUUCUUGCCGCUUCUGUUACGCAAGCCGGAACGGUGCGUGUGACGCCGCCGCGUGACUUCAGUCCGGAGGAUGCACGACAGCUGGCGCCGUCGGCUCCGUUCGACGACCCGGAUGCAGCAGCUCAUGCGGACGCAGAGGGCCGCGCGCCGCCGGUCAUCCCCGACGACUUCUCUCCGGACGGGAAGAUGGCCCCGCGCGCUCGUUCGCGACCCGACAUCGCAGCGGGCGCGGAUGAAAAAACAUGGCAAGCGCAAGGUGCAUCUUCUGGUAGUAGUUGGUGCGACCUCCGGGACAACAGAGCAUUCGUGCCACAGCAGGACGCGGUACAUGGUGUCACCCGUGAAUGCGACCCACCGCCGUCACCCCAUGGCGUACACCAGCAGGACGCAGUACAUGGCGUCACCCGUGAAUCGCUGCGAAAUCUUUGCUCCGCGUGUGACCGGCAAGACAAGCAUUACAAAGAUGCCACGAAAAACGGGCCGAACUCACCGGGGGCUGUGCAUGCGCAUCCACCACCACCAGAGCAGGAGAAGGCAUC